UUAAGACCUGAACUGAGAUCAAGAGUCAGAUGCUUAACUGACUGAGUUACCCAGGUGUCCCUGUUUUCUUUAUUCAUUACUAUUGAUGGGCAUUUGGGUUGCUUCCACCUCUUGGCUGUUGUGAAUAGUGCUGCUGUGAACAUCAGUAUACAAGUAUCUCUUUGAGACCCUGCUUCCAAAUAAUUCAGAUAUAUCCCCAGAAGUGAGAUUGCUGGAUCAUUUGGUAGUUCUAUUUUUUCCAAAUACUUUUCAAGUAGAUGACCCAUGACUCCAAAGUCAGAAUAUUGAACUCACACAUUUUACAUUCUUGAUCUCUUGGACAUGUCUUUUUAAAAAAAUUUUUUUAAUGUUUAUUUUUGAGAGAGAGACAGACAGACAGGGUGUGAGCAGGGGAGGAGCAGAGAGAGAGGGAGUCACAGACCUGAAGCAGGCUCCAGGCUCUGAGCUGUCAGCACAGAGCCCAAUACGGGGCUCAGCCUCACAAACUGUGAGAUCAUGACCUGAGCCGAAGUUGGGCACUCAACCAACUGAGCCACCCAGGCGCCCCAAGACAUUUCUAUAUGAAUGUUCCAAGUGUACUUCAAAAUCAACAUGCCUAUAACUGAAAGCCUCAAAUCUCCCUAUCCUCACCAGCCUGUCACUUUGCUCAUGUUCUUGGGUUCAUGAAUACAUAUUCAUUCAUGUAUUCAGUAUAUGUUAACUCACAACACCUAGGGACCAGGCAUUGUUUUUGGUGUUGAGGACACAUCAGUGAACAAAAUAAGGUCAUUUGGAUCUCACAAUAAGGAUGAGGUUAGACAGAUAACACAAAAAGACAAACAAUUUGUUAGGUAGAGUGUUAUGGCUAAGAGGUUCUCUUUUAGAUAGAAUGGUUAGGGAAAGUCUCUCUGAGGUGACCUUUGAGUAGAAACCUUACUGAAGUGAGGGAGUGAGAUAUGUGGAUAUCUAAAGAGCAUUGUAGGCAGAAGGAAAAAUAAAUAUAAGGGGUUUGAUGUGGGAGCAUAUUUCACUUGUUCAAGAAAUUGUAAGGAAAUCAGAGCAACUAGAGUAAGUGAACCUCAGGGAUAUUGUAAGAAGAUGAUGUCAGUGAAGGAGCUGGAGCCAGCUAAUACAGUCUUCUUACAAUGUCAGAAUAUAGUCAUUGAGUUUUACUCUGCUGGUAUGGUAAGGCAUUAGAGUAUGGAAAGGGUUUUAUUUGACUUGACAAUUAUAAGCAUCAUGGUGGCUUCUUUGUGAACAAGCAGUAAGCAAGUGAGGCAAAGACAGUAGCAGGGAGACCAGUUUGGAAACUGCUGAAAUCCAGAGGAAAGAUGAUGGUUUAGAUAGGGUGGUAAUCGAGGAGAUUCUACAUUUUGCAAGUAGAAUUUCUCAUAGGUCAGAUGUGGAAUGUGAGAGAAAGGAAUUGAGGAUGACUAUAUAUUUUUGACUUGAGUGACGGAAUCUUUAGAAUUGCUUGCCAGUUGUGAUGAUUGGGAGGACUGGAGCAGGAACAGUCUACUCAGUUACCCAAGCCAGAAGCCUGGGCAUCAUUCUCAACAAUUUUCUCUUUUCAAUUCGUGUUUCACAGUGCUGACCAAAUGAUGUUCCUGAAGGGCAAAUUUCAGUUGCAGCAGUUGCCUGCCCAUUAUCUUCAGGCAGCUAUCAAUGGUGUAAUACCCCAGGAAAAUGGCAUUCUACAAAGUGACUAUGGAGGUGAGACCAUACCAGGACCUGCAUUUGAUCCAACAAGUCACCCAGCUUCAGCUCCCGCUCCCUCUUCUUCUUCAGCAUUUCGACCUGUAAUGCCAUCUAGGCAAAUUGUAGAAAGGCAACCUCGGAUGCUGGACUUCAGGGUUGAGUACAGAGACAGAAAUGUUGAUGUGGUACUUGAAGACAGCUGUACUGUUGGAGAGAUUAAACAGAUUCUAGAAAAUGAACUUCAGAUACCUGUGUCUAAAAUGCUGUUAAAAGGCUGGAAGACCGGAGAUGUGGAAGACAGUACGGUCUUAAAAUCGCUACAUUUGCCAAAAAACAACAGUCUUUAUGUCCUUACACCAGACUUGCCACCACCUUCAUCAUCUAGUCAUGCUGGUGCCCUGCAGGAGUCAUUAAAUCAAAACUUCAUGCUGAUCAUCACCCACCGAGAAGUCCAGCGGGAGUACAACCUGAACUUCUCAGGAAGCAGUACUAUUCAAGAGGUAAAGAGAAAUGUGUAUGACCUUACGAGUAUCCCCGUUCGCCAUCAGUUAUGGGAGGGCUGGCCAGCUUCUGCCACAGAUGACUCAAUGUGUCUUGCUGAAUCAGGGCUAUCUUAUCCCUGCCAUCGACUUACAGUGGGGAGGAGAUCUUCACCUGCGCAGACCCGGGAGCAGUCCGAAGAGCAAAGCACCGAUGUUCAUAUGGUUAGUGAUAGUGAUGGAGAUGACUUUGAAGAUGCUUCCGAAUUUGGGGUGGAUGAUGGAGAAGUAUUCGGCAUGGCAUCAUCUGCCCUGAGAAAAUCUCCAAUGAUGCCAGAAAACGCAGAAAAUGAAGGAGAUGCCUUAUUACAAUUUACAGCAGAGUUUUCUUCAAGAUAUGGUGACUGCCAUCCUGUAUUUUUUAUUGGCUCAUUAGAAGCUGCUUUUCAAGAGGCCUUCUAUGUGAAAGCCCGAGAUAGAAAGCUUCUUGCUAUCUACCUCCACCAUGAUGAAAGUGUAUUAACCAACGUGUUCUGCUCACAAAUGCUUUGUGCUGAAUCUAUUGUCUCUUAUCUGAGUCAAAACUUUAUAACCUGGGCUUGGGAUCUGACAAAGGACGCCAACAGAGCAAGAUUUCUGACAAUGUGCAAUAGACAUUUUGGCAGUGUUGUGGCACAAACCAUUCGGACUCAAAAAACAGAUCAGUUUCCACUUUUUCUGAUUAUUAUGGGAAAGCGUUCAUCUAAUGAAGUGUUAAAUGUGAUACAAGGUAACACAACAGUGGAUGAGCUAAUGAUGAGACUCAUGGCUGCAAUGGAGAUCUUCACAGCCCAACAACAGGAAGAUAUAAAGGAUGAGGAUGAACGUGAAGCCAGAGAAAAUGUGAAAAGAGAGCAAGAUGAAGCCUAUCGCCUUUCACUUGAGGCUGACAGAGCCAAGAGGGAAGCUCAUGAGAGAGAGAUGGCAGAACAGUUUCGUUUGGAGCAGAUUCGCAAAGAACAAGAAGAGGAACGUGAGGCCAUUCGACUCUCCUUAGAGCAGGCCCUGCCUCCAGAGCCAAAGGAAGAAAAUGCUGAACCUGUGAGCAAACUGCGGAUCCGGACCCCCAGUGGCGAGUUCCUUGAGCGGCGGUUCCUGGCCAGCAAUAAGCUCCAGAUUGUCUUUGAUUUUGUAGCUUCCAAAGGAUUUCCAUGGGGCGAGUUCAAGUUACUGAGUACCUUUCCAAGGAGAGACGUAACCCAGCUGGACCCAAAUAAAUCACUAUUGGAGGUAAAGUUGUUCCCUCAAGAAACCCUUUUCCUUGAAGCAAAAGAGUAAACACAGCCCAGCAGUGGAACCAGCCAUUCCUUGACAAGCCAGAGGCCUGCGUCAAGAGAAGGGCUCCUCGCCAACCCACCUACACGCUCGUCUCACUCAAUUCAGUGUCACACUCUGCCUCUUGCAAGAUUGCUGGAAAAAAGUAAUAAUAAACAUAGCUACUUAAAAGUUCCCA